AUGAUAACACUGGUGCCGACGCUGUUGCCGGUGAAUGUUUCGGUCACCGCCAAAUGGCAUUACAUAUCUGCCUUUGUGUACUUUGUGGUGGCAAAUGCAAUAGCAUGUUCCUAUGCAGCUAUUUCAUUAAUCCUAACAUUGGUAGGAAACAAAGGUCUAACAAUGGUGAUAAUCAUAUUUGACCUAGUGAUGGUGGCGCUCCUCCAUUCAAGUGGUGGGACCGCCCUGGCCGUGGGUCUGCUCGGCUAUGAAGGCAAUUCACACGUGCAGUGGAAGAAGGUGACACCGCACAAACCUUUUAAGACGUCCCAAGCGGCCAUCGGCAUUGGCCUGUCUCUUUUUGGUGCCGCGUUGUUCUUCUUGCUCGUAGUGCUUGCCGCUUUGCACCACAAGAAGAAAAAUUAG